AUGAAUUCGUUGCACCCCCGAAAUGCAAUAUCUAGACGAGAUAAUGGCGGCAUAUUCAUGUCCCCCCGUGGCGAGGAAGCUUUGGUUAUAAGCGUUGUGUUCACAUCCUUGGCAACUUGCUUCGUGGCGAUGAGGAUGUAUACCCGUAUAAAGCUUAUGAGACGAGUGGAAGCAAAUGACUGGAUGGUUGUGGCGGCACUGCUGAAUUCAUAUGUCUUCAUGGGCCUUGACAUUGUCGAAGCCGUUAGUGGCAUUGGGAUGCAUUUCAAAGAUAUUCCACCACACAUUCUCGAACGACAGAUGAAGGCCUUCUGGCUCACGAUUCCCUUCUAUAACGCCGCCGUACUCUGCGCCAAAGCUUCAAUUCUGAUGCAAUAUUGGCGAGUCUUCCCAACACACCGCAUGCGGGUCAUAUGCUGGACCAUGAUCACUAUCCUCGCCAUCUAUGGCACUUGGGCAGUGAUCAGUGCAUUCCUCAACUGCAUUCCCGUCGCCAAAUUUUGGGACGAUUCAAUCGAGGGUUUCUGUCUGGACAAGACCAAACUUUGGUUCUCAAAUGCUAGUAUGCAUAUCUCGACCGAUAUUGCUAUCCUGGUCAUUCCCAUCCCGGCUUUACUGGCAGUCGACUUGCCCCGAAGGCAGAAGAUCGCUUUAAUGUUCGUGUUCGGUCUGGGUGGCUUUGUCUGCAUUACUAGUAUCGUCCGUCUAGUCAGCUUAAAAAAGAUCGCCGAUUCAUUAGAUCCCACAUUCGACAACGUCGGCGCCGCCUCCUGGUCCGCCAUCGAAUGCAACACGGGCAUAAUCUGCGCCUGUCUACCAACCCUAAAACCCCUCGUCGCUCGCAUCUUCCCAGGAAUGAUAUCGACUUUCGAUACCAGCCGUCCUACUCGUGGCGACACAACCUACCGUAACUCCGACUGGAAUGGCGAUGUAUCAACCCUCGGCCCACCUGGCGAAGAACACGAGUACGGCGCCGGCGACCCAGAGCGCGUACUCGCUCUUGUUCCCGGUACCGGGUUCCGGUCUAGUAUUAAGCGCUGGACCAGAGAUGAAGAGAGAAAAUUGGCUCAGGUUGAGUUGAUUACCGAGUCUCAUCCUAAUACGCUGAUGCAUCCUCGUCCUGUAUCUUCAGAUACAUCGGUGCCGUUUUAA